AUGGCAGAUGCAGCCCAUUGUGAAAAGUGUCCAGAUGACCAGUAUUCCAAUAAUAAGCGAGAUCAGUGUGUCCCCAAAAAUAUAAGCUUCUUAUCCUUUGAAGAAUUGUUGGGACUCAAUCUGGCUUUCUUUUCCAUUGCUUUGACCCUAACCACUGCCUUUAUUCUGGGGAUUUUCAUUAAAUACCGAGAAACUCCCAUAGUCAAAGCUAACAACCGGGACCUCACCUAUAUUCUUCUGAUCUCCCUCUUGCUUGCUUUCUUGACCCCACUUCUGUUUAUUGGUCAUCCCAAGAAAGUGACUUGCCUUCUUCGGCAAGUCACCUUCAGUUUUGUUUUCUCAGUUGCUGUUUCUUCCUUGCUGGCAAAGACGAUUAUGGUGAUAGUUGCAUUUUUGGCCACGAAGCCAGGCAGUGUCAUGAGGAAAUGGCUGGGGAGGAGUCUGGCUAACUCUAUUGUUUUAUCCUGCUCUGGUGUUCAAGUAUGCAUCUGUAUCAUAUGGCUGGGAUUCUUUCCCCCAUUCCCAGAUUCUGACUUUCAUUCCCAACCAGAACACAUCCUGCUGCAAUGCAAUGAAGGCUCUGUCACCAUGUUCUCCUCUGCUCUUGGCUACAUGGGUUUCCUGGCUGCCAUUUGCUUCUUUGUGGCAUUUCUGGCUCGAAAGCUGCCAGGGACAUUCAAUGAAGCCAAACUGAUCACCUUCAGCAUGUUGGUUUUUUGCAGUGUUUGGAUCUCCUUUUACUACAAUAGUAACAGUGUGGAUAAAUUUAAUGUGGACUAUAAAUUUGACUACUGA